GAAUAUUAACGAUGAGAGAUGUCGUAUGCGGCAACUAUUCUACUUGUGUAGACAAGUGUUUCUAUAGUUUUAUUUGUAUCUACUUUGUUAUAUUACAAUUUGUAGGUAUUCCAAUAAAGAAGAAGGAUCCGUGAUGGCGCCGGUAGUUGGAUUAUUAGAACAAUAUCAAAAAUGUGGCAUACAUGUUGCAAUUGUUUUGUUAUUCGUUGCUUCAGUUAUGUAAAACCAAAGGAUAAUACAUCAAGAUAUUUGAGAGUGAUACUAAAUAUGGCAGAAAGUGGAUUGGAGUCAAAGACCAUCGAUAAUCAAAUGAACAAGGGUCAAAUGGACGUCAACGAAUGUCUUGGCAAUUGGCUUAUUUAUUUGCAGACUCUUAAUGAUCUCUGUACAGCUGGUACUAAAUUGGCACAAUCAUUGCAAGCACUUCUAUCAGUGCACGAUACAGUAGCUCAAUAUCGUCUAUCAGGGCAAUGUCUUGUUGGUUGGGAAGAAUUAUCAAGAGCAACUAACGUUGCUAGUAACACCGUUAAGAAUCAUGUUAUUGCAGCAUUGAAGGAUCACGAAGCAAGAAAUAAUGAUGGUGAUAAACAUGAUAUUCUAAAAGACAACUUGUUAACAUUUAUUAACUUGCAAUACCAAUUUUGUGUGGCCUGUUGCGAAUGCCUUGGUGGAAUGGCAGAAUGUUCUUGUUCACAAAGUGGUAGUGCUGACUGUGAUAUCGCUGCCCUUCAACAAUGCUUCGAAAGGUUAUACAGGUCACCAAUAACAUCUUCUACAACACAACAGUCUGUACAAAAUUGUCACAGAUCACCUUUACCUUAUCCAUUGUUUCCUCUGCAGGUUCAGAGGAGGUGGUCUGAGACUGCUGCAGCAGACAUGUCUGGAGAAUCUUCAGAAAAUACUAUGAGAAGAUGGUCUAUGCCAUGGGAUUGUCGACAUGUUACUGAAUGGCCACGACAAGAAGUUAGAUCAAGACUGAAAGUACCCCAUCAGGACCGUAGUAGAUCGACAACACCUGACUCAGUGUGGAAAGCUUCCACUAUGGCUAGUCAGGAUGGUCUUCGUGAAGCAAUUCAACUUCUUUCUUGUAAACCAGGUAUCAGGCCAACGAAUCAAUUAUCAGUGUACACGACUCAGCACAUUCCUGGUGUGACUUUAACUACAUGUAAUUAUGAAACUAAUUACGAUUCAGCAACAGUUUGGCCUGAACCACGCAGAGUAUGUUCACCUAGGUGUUGGCCACAUGAUUCACAUUCAAGUGAUCAGUCUGAUCAAUCUGGUCAUCGUGACAGCGAUCAAAGUGUUCACAGUGGUGAACACAGAGAUUCAGAGCAGAGUGUUGCUAGUGGUAGUGGUUAUGGGGAUAGCAAAGAUAGCAUUCAUUCUCAUAAUAGUGAUCACAGGGAAAAUGAACUUGGAACAACUGAAGCUAUGCCAUCAAGAAAGAGUAGUUCAUCAACAGAUUCAUGUGUUUCUGCUUAUAGUCGUUCUGGUUCUGAAAGUGCUGGUGGUGGUGGGGAAUGUUCAAGGUCUCAAUUAUAUAGUAUGUGGAGUGGCAAUGACGUACCUUUCAUAAAAUUACCAGAAAGCAGUGAAGUACAAGACGAACAUCCGCCGACCUAAAAACAAUGUGUGUGUGUUCAUGUUUUUUUUUUUUCUAGCUUCUAAUUAUUAUUAUUAUAUCAUUUAAUAUGUGAUGAUAAAUUAUAAUGUGAUAAGUCACUUAUAAACUCUAUUUGUCUCUCUUUCUCUUGGAAACUUUAAUUAAAAAUUUAUAGUUAAAUUCAAUGAUCAGAGAAUUAAAGUUUGAAGUGACUUAAAAAUUGACAAAUUUUUGACAGAAUCACAUAGUGAUUCUACUAAUUCCAUUUGUGACAUUUACAUGUUUGAUAUUUAUGAGCAUAAUAUGACAAAAAUAUGUGUUUUAACUUUUAAUGACUCAUAUAGAUUAUGAGUCUAUAAAAAAAAAAAAAAA